AUGGCACAGGCUGAAAACGCGUGUCGGUGAGUAGUUAUUGUCUGAAAACGGAAAAGUGAAAAGGAAAAGGGGCAAAGAGUGAAAUUUCAGUCGAAGAAGGACAAGGAAGUCGCAGCAGUAAGUUACCUUUGUCCCACCGAACCGCUCUUUUCCCUUGUUCAAAAUGCACCAAGUCGACCCCUUUCGCUCGCUUUUCCCCUUCCGAAUUCUGUCGCAUUCCAGACUGAAACUUCUGCGUGCUGAUGUUCCGGUUGAUUUAUUACCCGCCGGAUGCUCUCCCACUGACCUCCAACCAGCUGUAAACGUGAAAGAGAAGAUUGAAGUGAAUGGUGAGUGCACCGGAAGAACGGAUAUCUGCGGACGCAUCAAUGUUCUUGCAGGCGAAUCGCGGCUCGUCCAAAAGAAGAAAACACUCUAUCCGGAAUGGGAAAAGUGCUGGGACACUGCGGUGGCGGAUGGACGCAUCCUGCAGAUAGUGCUCAUGUUCAACCAGACACCGGUCGUCGAAGCCACGAUGCGACUGGAAGUACGUGAGAGACUCGGCGCGUCCCUCAGGGAAACAUCUUCUCCCCGCGCACUUUUUCGGGUCCACCGCCAUUUGUUCAGCUUCAACAAAUUUCGUGUUUAUGGCCGAGCAACGACGGCCGCCACGAAUUAUUACCCCUUCGGAUUUCUGGUGUUUGAAAGUUUAGGGAGCACGAGAGAUGACGACGUUUUCUUUAUCGUUUCCCCGAACGUGUCAGUGCCUUUCAGUCAUCUCACGACGCCUCUUUCUCUCAUUUCGUUUCCUAUUUGGACGGCUGAAAGGCUCUAAGAAGUCGAAGGUCACCCGAACAGAUUCCAUUCCAAAGUGCUUCAGAAAGACGGGGGAAAAUUUGCCCAUCGCCGCCAGUCAGUUGUUGUUCUUUCGGUUUGGCCUCGUAAACCUCAGUCCACAAUUAUCCGCCCAUGUGAGCCCCUUGAAGAAUGGAGAACUCUCCGCUUCUGACGUACUGAAAUUCCGUUUCUGUUUCAAAGUGGGCGUGUCUUUCCGACUAGGGCUCUUUCGCCUCCUUGAAUUUCCUUUGGUCCUUGGCUUCGUUUCUCCCAAAGUUCUCCUAUUUUUAUUCCGAAUGACCGAAGUUCUGAACGACAUCUAUGAGGCGAUUCGUCUUCUUAUCAAGGUGAGAUUAUGAGCCGCUUCUCGAUUAAAACUUUUAGAACACUGAGUAGUGAGUCAGAUUUCGGUUCGACCUGCUUAAAACGAAUUAUUCGGAAGAUGAGUGACUUCUCAAAACACAAGUGCAACACGGGCAAUCGUCGGCCCGGUCCUCCCCCACUUCCCAACUUUUUCUCCUUCUCCUUCUCCUUCUUCUUCUUCUUCCCCAUUGUCCCUCGGGGCGAAUUCAAGCCUUUGCCUUUUUAUCCGUCGCUUAUCCGGGCAAAGUCGAAGAGUCCUCCAGCUCCUCCCACUCCUCAUCCUCCCUUUUUUCCCGUUUUUGAUAUGCUAUUUGUGUGCUCUUCUCACAAAAACGAAAAGAAGACGGAGAAAAAGUGGGAAACGACAAGUAUGAGGUUGAAGAAUAACGGAGGAAAAAGUUCGAAAAACACGAAAAGCGGGGCGGCGAUUUUCAUAAACCUGCGCUUCUGCUCAAGGAUAAAACUUAACGCUUUUCGCCUCAGGGCAAUGUUUUGUCCAGCAAAUUUUCGCCUCGUUUUCAUAUUAUUUCUCGCCUCUUACGGCCGGAGCGACGCCUCGCAAAACAACUCCACGUUCCGGCCGUUUCUCGCCACUUUUUUGUUUUUUCGGUUUUCCGAAACACGCCUACUGUAGUGAAUCGCUUUGUGAAAAGGCACGUGUAAAGGGAUGGCAAACGGAAGACAAUAGUCUCCUGGAAACCCUUUUUAUUCCUGUUCUUCUCGCUCUCUGAGUGUUCACUUCUCGAGACGGAGCGCGUGAAUUUUUUAUCAGUUCUCUAAAGAAUAAAGACUUUUGAGUUGCUAGGCAGGAAUUACCCCCCGAAUCGUUGCCGUUAAAACCACCAGAAUUUCGUGUUCCUCCGAGAGUCCUCUGUUCCCUGGAAUAAAACUGGUAACCAUGGGCGGCCCAUUCUCAUCCAUAACUCAUAGCCUCCUCCACGUCACACUCCCAAAUUCAGUUCUUCUUUCCGAAUGUCGCGAAACGCACACAAAACGGAGCUGACUGAGGAGUCGGCGGUCGAAAUUGAAUUUCGGUUCGAAAAACAUACGCGCGCAUUUCUGCCCCGUUUGCCUCCGAAUUCGGCGACGACGACGACGGCGGCGGCGUCUGACUCAAAUCAGAGGAAACUCAGUCGUGUAUCUGCUUCUUUUCAGGACAUCAUCUCAAAAUGCAAAAGCGACGCGAUCACACACAUCUGGAUCAACACUAAGCCAAACGGAAGGAUUCUGGCCCAAACACGACACCUCAAGAAUGCACGUGAGUUUGCGGAAAAGUCGCACGGUGUGUUCACAGAAAGGAGAAAACACCCUGAUUUGCAUCAGAAUCGCUUUUUGAUUUCUCCUGAGAAAGUCAUAGUUGGGGGUGCCUUGCAGUCGAAACGCCGCUAUUCGUUCGUCAAAUGCGAGUGAUAUCUUUCUUAACUUUCCGUGCACGUCAUCGUAUUCUGGAGCACCACUUCUCCCGCCACGUCAUUAAAUUACACCCAUGAUGUGAUCGUCUUUUCAAAGAAAAAGUGGUAUAAAGGACUGGUGCUCCGACGUGUUUCCUUCCGAACUCUCCGUGAUCUCGCGUCACAAAUCGGAAAGUGAUACCUCCGUCCAUCCAUUAGGCCUCCUGUUUCGAUCGAAGGCAAUCUUGAGCUCAAGAACUUUUCUUUCUCUUUUCCUUCUUUCUCUUUUUGCUGUCAAAAAGAGAUUAAAUGCAAACAAAGCACGUCAGACGACCUCUUCUUUCGGAAUUAAUCAAAACCUCAUUCGCCACACCAAAAAUGCAAUAAACUGUAGAUGGGAGCCUCGAAUGCUCCUUGCCCGCAUUCGGUCUCUUUGACCUUUUGAGAUGAUGUGUGGCUGUUGCAAAACGUGCUUCUUCUCCCCGAGAGGUAAGCCAGUCACAGGACGAAAGUAUGCAAAUCUCGGUGCGUCCCCGUCGCGCCCAUUUCCCACAACCCAAGGUGCCAAUCUGUCGUUUCUAAUUUGCAUUUUCCAACCAACUUGGGCCCGCCUGCUACACUCUUCCGCACACAAUCUUUUCUUCCUCUUUUUGCCCCUUUAUUUGGUCAUUUGGCCAUAAUGCUCUGAAAGGUUACGGUAGCUGGGCGGAGCAUUCAGAUUGAACAUUCAAUCUCGCGUUUCCGUUUUAGUUUUGAUAUGCUCAUUUUGUCAUAGUUACAACAACAAAAAACGGGACAGUGCUCGGCCCCUUCCUUUCCAUUCACUUUUGGUCCGACUGUACGGAAUCCGAAGAUCGCCAUUCAUGUCAAGUCCGUUCGAAAUUCGCCCAAAAGCAGGUAUUAGAGAAACGAAAACAGGGGUCACGCAGAUGACGUCACACUGCCUGAAUCUCCCAGUGUAUAACUGUCAACCGGUUUCGUAGCAUUUGCUGCGAAUCUCUAAUUACCGCACUAUUUCGGUGGCGGCGUUUCCUUCGGUCGACCGAUUCUCUAAAUGUUUUGUGCUUCUUAAUUUUGCGAAGACGAAGAGACACAACAUCUUCCCCUCCUUCUUCGUCUUCUUCUUUGUCGUUGCCUGCCAUUGGCGGCCGCCAACUUGGCCAAUUUCUUUUGGCGCUCCUCCCGAUUUUUAGGCCCAACUAAUGACUCCUCCCCCUUAAUCCUGUUGGCUGCCUUCCGAAGUGUUUGAGUUUUGGCCUAGGCACUCACUGAGAAGCACAACUUGUCAGACAACAAUCUUCAUUUCGAUUUUAUUUCAGCGGAUGACGAUCACCCUGUAGAAGACAUCAUGACGUCUAGAAGCAACUCCGGUCCAGGCCUGCAGCGCCGUAGAGGUAAGACUGCACAGCGAUGCGGAGGAACGAACAAACUUUUAUUAUUCUCUUUCAGGAGCCAUAAAACAUGCGCGUGUGCACGAGAUUCGCGGCCAUCAGUUCGUGGCCACCUUCUUCAGACAACCGCACUUUUGCUCGCUUUGCUCCGAUUUCAUGUGGGGUCUCAACAAGCAGGGCUAUCAAUGUCAGCUCUGUUCGGCCGCCGUCCACAAAAAAUGCCACGAGAAAGUGAUAAUGCAAUGCCCGGGAAGUGCAAAGAACACAAAGGAAACCAUGGUGAGAACUCUUCCCCUUCCCCAAAAAAGAUCUCAAUUAUACUCUCUUCAGGCUCUCAAAGAGCGCUUCAAAGUGGAUAUUCCGCAUCGUUUUAAAACGUACAACUUCAAGAGUCCCACUUUCUGCGACCACUGCGGCUCUAUGCUUUACGGGUUGUUCAAGCAAGGCUUACGCUGUGAUGGUGAGUUAUCAAUUCAGUCGCCAGAAUACGGAAUGCGUCCACCAUCGCUUCCCGUCUACAUUCAUCUUCCUCACUGAUACUAUUUCAGUAUGCAACGUGGCGUGCCAUCACAAAUGUGAACGACUCAUGUCCAACCUGUGUGGAGUGAACCAAAAACAGCUCAGCGAGAUGUACCACGAAAUCAAGCGAGGCACCCAUUCGACUGCCAGCUGUCCCCCGAACAUUGCCAACUUGCACAUCAACGGAGAGUCGAAGAACAACGGAAGUCUCCCAAACAAACUGAAGAACCUGUUCAAGUCGCAUCAGUACAGUGUGGAGGAGCAGAAGGAAACCGACGAGUAUAUGGACAAUAUCUGGGGAGGCGGCGACGGACCAGUCAAGAAGUUUACAUUGCCGCACUUCAACAUGCUCAAAGUGCUCGGAAAGGGAUCGUUCGGAAAGGUUAUACUGGUCGAACUGAAGGGAAAGAACGAAUUCUACGCGAUGAAGUGUCUGAAGAAGGACGUGAUUCUGGAGGACGACGACACGGAAUGCACUUACAUCGAACGGCGAGUACUCAUCCUCGCCAGUCAGUGUCCCUUCCUCUGUCAGUUGUACUGCUCCUUCCAGACAAACGUAAGCACUAAUUUCUGACUUUAAAACAUAAACCAUCUAUUGAUUGUAGGAAUACUUGUUCUUCGUGAUGGAAUACUUGAAUGGCGGUGAUCUGAUGCAUCACAUUCAGCAGGUCAAAAAGUUCGACGAAGCACGCACCCGAUUCUACGCCUGCGAGAUUGUCGUCGCUCUUCAGUUCCUUCACUCGAACAACAUUAUUUACCGGUGAGUGAUUGUGUAACUUUCAGAUUAUCAAAUGUUCGUUUUGCAGUGAUCUCAAACUCGAUAACGUGCUUCUCGAUUGUGACGGACACAUUAAACUGGCCGAUUUCGGAAUGGCCAAGACCGAAAUGAACAGAGAGAACGGAAUGGCGAGCACUUUCUGCGGAACGCCCGACUACAUCAGUCCGGAGAUCAUCAAGGGACAACUCUACAACGAAGCGGUCGACUUCUGGUCUUUCGGAGUGCUCAUGUACGAGAUGCUCGUCGGCCAGUCGCCGUUCCACGGAGAAGGAGAGGACGAGCUGUUCGAUUCGAUCCUCAACGAACGGCCCUACUUCCCGAAGACCAUCUCGAAGGAGGCGGCCAAAUGUCUGUCGGCUCUGUUCGACCGCAACCCGAACACCCGUCUCGGAAUGCCUGAAUGUCCGGACGGUCCCAUCCGACAGCACUGUUUCUUCCGGGGAGUCGACUGGAAACGAUUCGAGAACAGACAAGUUCCUCCGCCGUUCAAACCGACUAUCGUGAGUUCACCCCUCGUUUCCCCUUUAGCUUCUCAUUCUUCACUUUUCAGAAAUCCAAUUCGGAUGCUUCGAACUUUGACGACGAUUUCACAAAUGAGAAGGCGGCGUUGACGCCGGUGCACGACAAAAAUCUCCUGGCGUCGAUCGAUCCGGAGGCGUUCCUCAACUUCUCCUACACUAAUCCCCAUUUCUCAAAGUAG